GGCAUCCAUUUUUGUUCUGGUGCUGAAUGGAACACCGCUCUUUUUUCGCAAUCGUUUUGUGUAGUUUUGCUCUGCUUUGGAUUAUAAAUUAGUUGUUGACUGCGGAAUUAACUUAGUUGCGGACUAAGAUCAAGUUCCCAUAAUGUCCAAGGAAGAAGAAAUCGUCGAUACGGCGGAUACCAAUGAUAAUUCGAAUGAGUCCACUUCGGAUACUACAUCGUCGCACACUAAGGAACCGGAUUACGAUGCAACGUUGGAGACCGACCGAAGCAAACGAUUCGAGUUUCUUUUGAAGCAAACGGAAAUUUUUGCUCAUUUCAUGCAAGCUGCACCGGCUAAAGGUUCCAGUCCGCCAGCUAAACCGAAAGGAAAACCGAAAAAGGCAGAGAAAGCAACUACUUCUGCAACUGCUUCGUCGUCCGUCGUAGAAGAUCCGGGAGACCAUCGUCAUCGUAAGACCGAACAGGAAGAGGAUGAAGAAUUACUGGCGGAAACAAAUGUCAAAGCGAAUACCGUUUUUCGCUUUGAAUCGUCACCGCCAUACAUCAAGGCUGGUGAGAUGCGGGACUACCAGAUCCGUGGACUGAACUGGAUGAUAUCUUUGUACGAGAACGGUAUUAAUGGUAUCUUGGCCGAUGAAAUGGGUCUCGGGAAGACGCUGCAGACGAUUUCUCUGUUGGGAUAUUUGAAGAAUUUUAGGAAUAAUCAAGGACCGCAUAUUGUAAUUGUUCCCAAGUCGACGUUGCAGAACUGGGUCAAUGAAUUUGCUCGGUGGUGUCCUUCGCUAAGGGCGGUAUGUCUUAUUGGUGAUCAAGAGACGAGAAACGUUUUCAUUCGAGAUAUUCUGAUGCCAGGAGAGUGGGAUGUUUGUAUAACUUCAUACGAGAUGUGCAUCCGAGAGAAGUCUGUCUUUAAGAAGUUCAACUGGCGGUACAUGGUCAUUGACGAGGCUCAUCGUAUCAAGAACGAAAAAUCUAAGCUGUCAGAAAUUUUAAGGGAAUUUAAAACUGCAAACAGGCUUCUACUGACCGGAACUCCUUUGCAGAAUAACUUACACGAGUUAUGGGCGCUGCUUAACUUUUUGCUACCGGAUAUUUUCAACAGUGCAGAUGAUUUUGAUUCGUGGUUUGACGCGAAUGAAUGCAUCGGUGAUAACAAAUUGAUUGAGCGUUUGCAUGCGGUGCUGAAGCCUUUUCUUCUGCGUCGCUUGAAAUCGGAAGUGGAAAAACGAUUACUACCGAAGAAGGAGGUAAAAAUUUUCGUUGGAUUGUCCAAAAUGCAGCGCGAUUGGUAUACGAAAAUUCUAAUGAAAGAUAUUGACAUCGUCAAUGGAGCCGGCAAAAUGGAAAAGAUGCGUCUGCAGAAUAUUCUGAUGCAGUUGAGAAAGUGUACCAACCACCCAUAUCUGUUUGAUGGAGCGGAACCUGGCCCUCCCUACACUACCGAUUAUCAUUUGCUGGAAAAUAGCGGAAAGAUGGUUGUGCUUGAUAAACUGUUGAAUAAGCUUCUUGAGCAAGGUUCUCGUGUUCUUGUUUUCAGUCAAAUGACUCGUAUGUUGGAUAUUCUAGAAGAUUUUUGCUACUGGCGCGGGUAUCAGUAUUGUCGUUUGGAUGGUCAAACCCCACAUGAGGACCGUACCAAAAUGAUCGACGAAUAUAACGCUGAAAACAGUACAAAAUUCGUGUUCAUGUUGUCGACUCGUGCUGGAGGGUUGGGUAUUAACUUGGCCACAGCCGAUGUGGUCAUCAUCUAUGACUCCGAUUGGAAUCCGCAAAUGGAUCUGCAGGCUAUGGACCGUGCCCAUCGUAUCGGCCAGAAGAAGCAAGUACGCGUGUUCCGCCUCAUCACUGAGAAUACCGUUGAGGAAAAAAUCGUUGAACGUGCAGAAAUUAAGCUGAAACUAGACAAACUCGUUAUCCAACAGGGACGGCUAAUUGACAACAAAACUAAUCAACUAAACAAGGAUGAGAUGCUUAACAUUAUUCGAUUCGGUGCCAACCACGUGUUUCAAUCGAAGGACUCCGAAAUUACCGACGAAGACAUUGAUGCGAUAUUGCAAAAAGGAGAAACAAAAACACAGGAACAACAUGCAAAACUCGACAAACUUGGAGAAUCUUCGCUGCGUAGUUUUACCUUGGACACGGAAAAUUUGGAAAAUCGCUCUGUGUACCAGUUCGAAGGUGAGGAUUAUCGUGAAAAGCAAAAGAUACAUGCUCUUGGUUCUUGGAUUGAGCCACCGAAGCGUGAACGCAAAGCAAAUUACGCCGUCGAUGCGUAUUUCAAAGAGGCUCUUCGGGUAGCGGAACCAAAAGCACCUAAGGCGCCACGUCCUCCAAAACAACCAAUUGUACAGGACUUCCAAUUUUUCCCGCCGAGAUUGUUCGAGCUUCUAGAUCAAGAGAUCUAUCAUUAUCGCAAAUCGGUCAAUUACAAGGUACCGAAGAAUCUGGAUCUUGGGCCGGAAGCGACCAAGGUUCAACGGGAGGAACAGCGGAAAAUUGACGAAGCUGAUCCGUUGACCGAUGAAGAAAUGGUCGAGAAGGAAUCUCUACUAACGCAGGGUUUUACCAACUGGAACAAGCGCGAUUUUAAUCAGUUUAUAAAAGCAAACGAAAAGUACGGAAGAGAUGAUAUCGAAAACAUUGCCAAGGAGGUAGAGGGAAAGACUCCAGAGGAGGUGAUGCAGUAUAGUGCGGUGUUUUGGGAGCGCUGUCACGAGCUGCAGGAUAUUGAGCGCUUGAUGGGUCAAAUCGAACGAGGAGAGGCAAAAAUUCAACGUAGGGCAUCGAUCAAAAAGGCCCUCGAUGGAAAGAUGUCACGCUACCGCGCACCUUUCCAUCAAUUGCGCAUAUCUUAUGGCAAUAACAAGGGCAAAAACUACACGGAAGAGGAGGACCGUUUUCUUGUAUGCAUGCUGCACAAACUAGGUUUCGACAAGGAAAACGUAUACGAAGAACUUCGUACAGCGGUUCGUUCUGCACCCCAGUUCCGAUUCGAUUGGUUCCUAAAAUCGCGAACUGCCCUGGAAUUGCAACGCCGUUGCAAUACAUUGAUAACAUUGAUCGAACGUGAAAAUCAAGAGCUGGAGGAGAAGGAACGGCUCGAGAAAAAGAAAAAAACCGGAACGGCUGGCGGAACGCAGAAGGCUGCCGCCGGAAAGCGGAAGGCAGAAACUGCGACAACUCCUAGCGAUAAGAAUACCAAGAAAAAGAAAAAGACGUAAAUUAGGGAUUUUCCAGUUAUGACAAGGUUUAGAUAUAGUGUUCCAGUUAAUUUAAAUACACACGAAUAUAACUUUUAUGCACGGCUAAUCAUUAUUUGAACUGAUAUCCACUAAGUACUUUGGUAAUUUAUUUUCAGUUGCUACUUUGAUCAUUGUGUGUGAAACAUAUGCACUAAAUAAUUGUACCGUGUCAACGAUAAAAUUCAUGCAGCAAUGAAACCGCGUAGGCACAUUACUGCACUACAUAUAUUAAAAUACAACAUGCGAAAACUAAGAAGUCUCAUUCUGGAGGAUUUUUCAUACCCACGAAAUUAGCCAGUAUUAAAAAUUUGGCAAAUAAUAUGAUUCCAUUUAGCCUUGAAUUACAGCAUAUACACUAUUUGCCUAGAAUGAAAAAUAAAAAUUACAACAGUA